AUGGAGACUCCAGAUUUCGAUGCUCCUGCCCCCAAGGUGCAAAGUCCCUCGACGCUUGCCCAUGUUGUACUUCGGACACCCAAUGUCAGGGUUAUGGAAAACUUUUUUGUCACAUUCUUGGGUGGCAGAGUCGCACACAGGAAUGACGUGCUGUCAUUCAUCACCUAUGAUGAAGAGCAUCAUCGCAUCGCGUUGCUCGAACUUCCCGCGAAGGGCCCCAGAGUCCGGUCAAGCUACGGGCUCGAACACAUCGCCUUUUCCUACGCGACACUUUCGGAUCUGAUGUUGAGCUACCGCCAGCGCAAGGACCGUGGUAUCUCCCCUAUCUGGUGUGUUAAUCAUGGUCCGACCACCAGCAUCUACUAUAAGGAUCCGGAUGGCAAUGUCUUGGAAACACAAGUGGACAACUUCGACACCCCUGACGAGGCCAAUCAGUUCAUGUCUACGGAAGCCUUUGCUGAGAAUCCGAUUGGUACUGAUUUUGACCCGGAGGAAAUGAUUCGGAAACUUAAAGCGGGGGAGGAUGACAAGGUUUUGAAGCGGCGAAACGAAAUCGGACCUCGAGGGCCGCCAGACCUGGAUUCGGCAUAG